AAGGCCGAUGCCAGCAGACGCCAGGAUUGUUCCGGCAAACACCACAUAGUCCCACACAGAGAAAGAGGCCACUGGACCACCCGUACCAACCAUGCUCCCACAUUGAUCGGGAAAAGCAUGGAGACUGCAGUGUUCACCAGCUGGCUCCUGUUUCUGCUGUUCAGUCCAGCUGUUCCCAUGUGCUUACCCACUGACUUCACCCUGCAUGUGGAGAGGCCAGAGUGUGACUUCUGUGUGGCGAUCAACACGACCAUCUGCAUGGGAUUUUGCUACUCGAGGGACAGCAACUUGAGGGAUAUACUCGGCCCACGCUUCCUCAUCCAGAGAGGUUGUACCUACGACAAGGUGGAAUACCGCACGGCCGUGCUGCCCGGCUGCCCCAUCGACGCCGACCCUGUCUUCACCUACCCCGUGGCUCUCAGCUGCCACUGUGGUGCCUGCAGGACCGACAGCGAUGAGUGCGCACACAGGGCCGGCGUGAGCGGCGCCGGCUGCACCAAACCAGUCAGACGUCUGUACCCGUACCCUGAGUAGAGCAGCUACAUGAUUCCACUCUGAUGCUUCUGUUGCUGUCAUUCUCAGCUUGUCCUUUUUAGUUAACCUGAUUGAGGACACAGUCGUCACCCUUUGUCUUUUGACAAAUACACUGAUAUCUGCACUGUCUGUACUGUUACCUAUUGUACCAACCUGUUCCGUCAUUCCUUUGUUACCCAGCCUGUCUGUGCUGCAGCUCUGCUUCUCAGUUUACAGCCAGGGGUCGAUCCCGUGCGCGAUUUUAUCGGCUUCAGUAUUUUUCCUCCUGCACACUCGUGCGCGUGACUCCCAGGCUUAUUAUGUUUACUCUGAAAGGGAUACUCUGAAUGCAACUCAAUUAAAGCUGAGGUCUCUAAAUAGCGCUCUGACUAAGCUGUGCUUGACUUAAUCACAUCCUGUGCCGGACCAUGGCCUUCUGUUUACUACAUAACAAACACGAGGCCAU